AUACAAUUAUUGUUAUUGUUCCUUAAUGUAAAUAUAGUUAACAUGAAAACACAGUAUAUGCGAUAUUAUGAGGUUGAUGAUCGAAUUUUAGCAUUCGUUCAACAUUCAUUCAAAUUAGUCAAUUCUCCGUAUUUUUUAAGAAAACAUAUACUUUUCUCAUCGAUAUAUUCCACGGAUCGAGGUCGAGAAAUGAGACAUGAAAUGGGAUCUGGUUUGGGGGAGUGGGAGAUUAUUGGUUGUUCGCGGUGUCAUGUGGUCUGCUUUCAUCUCAAUGUGUUAGUGUUUCAUCGAGAAUGUGAUUGUCCGUGUCAUUUGGUCAGAUUUGGUCAUUUCGCUAAUUGGUCAGAUCGAUCGUAG